AUGAGUCACCGCCUUCCGGAUGUACAGUUUGCAUCAAACGAUAAAGUUAAAUCAACCCAAGAAGACGAACCUUCUCCAAAAGAAGAAUCAACUCAGUUGGAGGCCUCUUCAAGUGCUGUUGGGAUUCCGCGAAAUGCCGUAGAGUGGCAGAUGCCUUCCGACCUUCCGUUGUUUCCUAAAAUCGAAGCUAACCGGCGGGAAGAAAUCCGAGAAGAGUACGAGGAGAGACGUGCGCGGGCGCAGGCGGAGUUCAAGAGGAAUGCGGCUGCAAAGUUGCAGGAAUCGGCGAAACCGCGAAAUCCUCGCAGCGUUGAGUCAAACGUUGCAACGCCAUCGACCCCCAGUCGAGCCGGCAGUAGGUCAGCUACCCCGGUAGCUGCUGCGCAAGUUGCUAAUCGUCGAUCCUUGCUGGAUUCUUUCAAGGCGAAGGUGCGCCGCUCUGCGCUGUUUGGCGUCGCGAUCGCUAAAAGAAAGAGACGAAUGGAUUUGUUCUACAAUUUUAUUGUUGCGGUUAACGGCGAGUAUGAAAGAAGGAAACAUGAUUUGAAUUACGAUAUCGAAAUUUCACGAAUCAUUGAAUUGUUGGAGGAAGAUCCGGAGAAGCUAACUCAGGAAAGCGCUGAAAUAACGGAAAAGAGAGCUGAGAGAAUGGACAAACGUCUCUUCCCGCCGGGAUUCACGGCAGAUGACGUUCUCAAGAAUUUGAAAAGUUCACCGAUUCAAACAGAAAUUCUAAUUAUAGAAUAUAUCCAGCGCAUUUACAAACGAACACCUCUUGAUUCCCCUUUCACAAACUAUUUGAAUGAUAUUAAGAAUGAUCCAAUCUAUCACACAAACUGGUCGCCAUCCACAGGUUACGACAAACCUGUCGAUAAGACGAAGAAAACGAAGAACACAAAGAGGAUAUAG